UUCAAUUCAAAAUUCGACCCUUGAUAAAUAUGCCCCUAACUGGCUCUGUAUGUUUCAAAGCAAUGACUUGUUUAUAUGGAUGUAAGAUUAGCGAGUGCAUGCGAAAAGUCAGGGACACGACUCAUGAAUGGGAUUUGGUAGGAAUUUCUGUUGCAGGAUGAGGCUGAUAGAGACUGCUCUGUACACUUCAUGAUCCUAAUGUCAUCUUUCCCCUCUUUUAGCAGUGAAGGUUGAACAUUUUACCUUAUUUAAAGAGAAGCUGAGGCUGAAGGCACAUACAGUCAAUGUGAUUCCGUGUAUGUUUGAAACAAGCCUUCAUCUCAACCCACCCAGAGUCCAACUGGAAUGGGGGAAAAUGGAUACAAAAGGUUACACGCGUCUAAUCUCCCUGUACGGAGACCAUGGGACAAUGACAUCGCCCGAUUUGAAGGACAAAUAUUACCUUUUUGAAAGCCAGGUGGCAAACGGGAUCUGCUCUCUGGUGAUUAAUCCCACAGAGAUGACAGACAGCGGCACUUAUCUGGUCCGGCUGAAAAUUUCGGGAAAGCUCUAUGAGCCGGUUCCAUCUAUAGACAUUUAUGUUGAGGAACAAGACACAGAUUCACGGGGAUUGUUCAAUAAAAAGCCUAAAACAACGACUGUGCCCCCAACAACUACUACUGCAUCAACAGCCGCAGCCUCUUUUCAAGACGCCAUCCGCCAAUAUAUUAAAUCAAGUGCCACAAAGGAGACUAUAAAGAAUAUAGAACUUGGAGCGCUCCUUGUUGUAGGCAUAGUAGGCUUAUUAAUAGCAGUCCAACAAUGGUAAGUGACAUUUCUUUUUGCUUUUUUGGUGGGCAAGAAAGGUGGAAACAUAUCUUACGCUAGAAUAUAAAUCAGAGGCCAACAAAAGUGUAGAGACAAUAAGGGGGAACGUAAUAUUGGUCGAUAAUGUAAAAAUUGUUGGUAAUUCGUUUGCAAUGCAAAUAAAUGUUCACAAACUGAAACAUUUUUCCUUUGUGAUCACUUUGGCCCUCAUGUGACAGUAGGAUAGCAUUCGCAAACUUCAUCGUUUCUGAUAUAUAUAAUAUAUGUAA